AUGCAUUCUUCGAAUGGACAUCGCACUCAUAACGAUAAUGAUUACGAUUAUGUCUGUAGCUCAUCCGAAAUUCCUUCGCUUUAUAACAUUCACCAUGAAGCCUCUCAUCAACUCCUCCGUUUGGGUUGGGUAGUGCAUUGGAGACUCAUCGCGGAAGGUGCUGAAAACGACGCGGCAAACUCAUUAGAGGUGCUGCAAACCACAAAAAGUCGAACCGCACCUCGUGUGGAGUCGAUGAAGAGGACUGAGAAACAGCGGUACGGCAAGCCACACACGGAAAAGUACGCCGUAAAUCCUGUGAAGGGGUAUUGUUUUCUCUGUACAACCGAAAAGACGGGAGGGGGUGUUUCUCGAUUAAGGAAAGCACAAAAGCGUAGAGAAUCCCCCUCGGAGCCGGAUUCGGUUUCAGACCAGCCGGAAAAGUUGGAUAUGACGGAUGAGAAACCGCCCGUUUCUGACCUUCUAUCGCUUUUUCUCCCACAGGAGCGAAUCGAAUACGUGGAAUUCAUGGCGCGACUGCAUAUUCGAAACCACUGGACCUCCUUCCACCAAUACGCCAAGUUGCCCUUCCCUCCCUCGGCGGGUGGAGCUCUGCAAAGCAGCCAAGGCGCCCUCCCGCCGCUUGAGCUGCGUGGCGGCAGGAGUUCGCAGGUGGACGUGGCGAGGGCUCCCCCGGUGAUCAGCUCCUUUCUUCUGCCCGCGUGGGGGGCUCUCGAGGAGGUGUCUGAAGUCGAGGUCGGAGGGUUGUUUAGCAUUCCCCAUUUCACACCCUGUUUUGGGAACUCGUCGUCGUGGCUCUCUCUCCCGGCGCGGGUCUUUCUCUACCAGCGACGCUGUGAGCCCCCUUUAGCGGAUACUCGUAUGGACGAAGGAGCGUCAGAGAGGCCGGCCGCGCUAUGCGCCUGUGAUGUUUAUUUGAUCUUUCUGAGCAACCGUAACGCGCCUCUGGAGCUCUCAAAACACCUUACCGUGUGGGGUCGAGCGACAUGGAGCACACGGGCCCAGCAGUCGUUUUCUCUGGCCUGCCAAGACGCCCCUACUAUCGAUUCCAACUCUUCAAAUGAGGAGCUUUUUUAUAUCUCGCACGGCUUGCCUGAUUAUCUGAGGCUGGGGGCAAUUUUUGGCUGGGUUUAUGGCUGGCAGCUAUGUUAUUCUUCAAGAGGACCCCAAAUGCGCUCAGUUAUGUGGCUUCGGUUCUUCAACCAGAACGCAUUGAUUACUGCACGCCAGCUCGUGGAGAGACAGAGGAAUUAUUAG